AUGGUAGCACAACUUCCAGAAGACGUGGGGAAGCUGAACAACCUGCGGGUGUUCAUCAUCCAGUCUUGCUCCAAGAUUCAGAAGCUUCCAGAUUCUCUCACUGGUCUUGUCAACCUCAAGGUUCUGCAAGCCGUGGACUACGACAAACUCAUUUCAAUCCCCAUCUUGAGCAACCUGGGAAGGCUGAAAGAAUUGGCUCUAGCCAAGCUCCCACAGCUACCACAAGUAUCAGCAUCCCUGCCGUGCUCUCUCGAGAUUCUCUCCAUAGGGAGCUCCCAGCGGCUCGACCCUCUGCUGGAGCUUCCUUCUCUGCCCAGGCUGAGAAAUAUGAGCUUAACUAUUGUUGGGCUCGUGCGUGGGCUGGCUGCAGGCAUGUCCCUCUCUUUUCUGGAGAAUCUAGAGCUAACAUUGGAUGGAGAGGCAAAGGACCUUACAUUGCCUCUGGAACUUCUUCCUAGCCUCCGCAGCUUGACAAUCCACAGCGCUGGUUGCAUGAGGUUGUCUCCGGAAGGGUUAGGUUCGGCCUUGCGGCAGCUAAGGCGGUUGCUGAUACAGCGGGUUGCAGAGUUAACGAGACUGAAAGAUAGUUUCACGGACCUGCAAUCCCUUACAUUUGUUGAAAUCCAUGUGCCUAAGCUCUCCUCUGUUCCGGACGGCAUCGGGGCGUUAUCCCGUCUGCCCCAACUGAAUCUUGAAAACUGCUCAUCGCUCACCCACCUCCCUACUUCUCUCACCCAGCUUUCCUGCCUCCAUGAAUUGAACCUUCGCUGUGCCCCGAUACGCUCUCUGUCUGUUUAUUUGGGUCAACUAAGCCGGCUGAAGGAACUCAACCUGGAUGGCUGCACUCAGCUAGCUGCUCUGCCUCAGGAUUUUAGCCAGCUCAAGAUGCUUCACAGCUUGACUGUUGUGGGGUGUCACGAAUUUGAAGCUGAAGACAUGGAAAACAUGUAUGGGUUGCGUGCAUACCCAUAG